ACAUGGGUAGAACAUGCAAACUCCUCACAGAAAUGUCAGCUGACCCAGCCAAGGCACGAAACAGUGACCUUUCUGUGAGGCAACCCACUUCGCCACUGUGUUAGGUAAGCUAAAUUGGCCACAGUGUAUGUGUGUGAGUGUUUAUGGAUGUUUCCCAGUGAUGGGUUGCUGCUGAAAGAAGGAAACAAACUUUCAAAUGAUAAAUUUUUAAAAUAAUAAUAGACAAACCGUUCCAGAGAACCGAUUCGCUGAAAAACUUUUAAACACUUUCAAAUUAUGUAUUAGUUUAUACAUGACCAAGGAUUUUAAUUCAUAUGAAGAGAAUCUCUACUGUGACAUUCCCCCCUGUAAUCGUUUAUUCGUACAUAAAUGAAGGGAAAAAGAAGCAGCGGCUGAAGAACAGUGAAAAACAAGAGAGCUACACUGACAGCACACACCUGAGGUGGCGCUGACAGAACAGAUAUUUGUUUAAUGACGUUAUUUGAACACGUUGCGUUUCCAUUAAUAACAGCAGUACAAAGACAGCUGGCGAGGCAGCUCAAAUAUAAAACUGAAUACAACUCAGUUUUUAACUAAUAAACGGCGUUGAAUGAUGGGGCAGUUUAUUAAGUUACUUCAGCAGCAAAGAUUUAGAACUUUGUAGGAAGCAGAAGAACGUAGCAGAAGGACUAUUGCUUACGAACGUUUAGGUAAAAGAAUAGACGAACCGUUCAAAAGAACCGAUUCGCUGAAAUGAUUCGGAUCACGCAAUUCCUCAGGUGUGCACUGCUCGUGUCUCUCCCACAUUCUCCACCUGCUCCUGCAUCCGGGAGCACAGCGCAGAUCCAGCUACUGUAACCUUACCCAGGAGAGAGAAUGAGUCCUCAAGUGCAAGAGUUAUUUCAUGAAGACGCACAGGGUUCCCAGAUUAAUGCUCAACCUUGGUGGAAGGUGCAGCUUUUUGUCUGGGAACCUGUGCUUUUCGGCACUUGGGAUGGAGUCUUCACUACCUGCAUGAUCAACAUCUUUGGAGUGGUGCUCUUCUUACGGACUGGCUGGCUUGUGGGUAACACGGGUGUGUUUUUGGGCAUGCUGCUGGUAUCAUUGGUGGUGCUGGUGGCCUUGGUCACAGUGAUGUCUGGUGUUGGCGUGAGUGAAUGUUGCAGCGUGGGAAACGGGGGAGUUUACUCCAUGAUCUCCACUGUGCUGGGAGGCAGGAUUGGAGGAACUGUGGGACUCCUGUAUGUUUUUGGACAGUGUGUGGCUGGAGCGAUGUACAUUACAGGUUUUGCUGAGUCCAUUGCUCAGGUGUUGAGUUUGCAGAGCACAUGGGUUGUGAGGGGCAUAUCUGUGGCCGUUCUGCUCGGUCUGCUUGGAAUUAAUCUGGCCGGGGUCAAAUGGAUUGUACGACUUCAAUUGGUUCUGCUUGGGAUUUUAGCAAUGUCAACUUUGGAUUUCGUCAUCGGAACUUUUAGUCAUCUAGAUCCAGAGCAUGGAUUCGUGGGCUAUUCGGAGAAGCUGCUGCGUAAGAACACCCUGCCAGACUACACAGCUGGCGAGACUUUCUUCACCGUGUUUGGGGUUUUCUUUCCUGCGGCGACAGGUGUGAUGGCGGGAUUCAACAUGAGCUCAGAUCUUCAGAGGCCCGAACACAACAUCCCUGUGGGAACUCUCGCCGCAGUCUGCACCUCGUGGUUCCUGUAUCUCGUCUUUGUGUUCUUACUGGGAGCCAUUUGCACCAGAGAGGCGCUGCGCUAUGAUUUCUUAAUAGCGGAAAAGGUCUCCUUGGUUGGUUUCCUGUUUUUGCUGGGCCUCUACAUCUCCUCCCUGGCCUCCUGCAUGGGCGGCCUGUACGGUGCACCCAGGAUCCUCCAGUGCAUCGCCCAGGAGAGAGUCAUUCCAGUUCUUGCGUUUCUUGGAAAAGGGCGAGGGCCCAAUAAGACGCCUGUGGCCGCCAUCUGUCUGACCAGCUUGAUCACCAUGGGCUUCAUCUUCAUCGGCCAGGUCAAUGUCCUGGCUCCUAUCGUCACCAUUAACUUCAUGCUAACCUAUAGCGUAAUUGAUUAUUGCUAUUUCUGUGUGGUGAAAACCUACGAGCUGCAAGUCCAGCAAAGGAAGAAGCUGAUCAGCAGGUCGAGCUCCAGAAAAUCACUGGUGUCCAGCACUCACCCCCGUUACGGCAGCGGUGGAGCCAUCAGUGACCCUGUGAACGGGACACUGCUGCAGUUCACCAAGGACAUGGACCAGAUAUUUCCAUUGCCCAGCACUGAAGAACAGAGAGCCAGUCCUGCCUCUAAAGCCCGAGGCAGGAAGACAAAGAUUCCAGCUAAAGAAAUGCUGAUGAAUAGUUUUGGGUUGGACUUGAACAGCAAUGCACCAUUAGAUAAAGGAAAAGAUGAGAGAGAGCUGGAACAAGCUGCUGGAUUGGAUGAUGAUACCAGUAGCCAGAUAGGACUGAUAGAGUCUGACCUGAAAAUGGGAAACCAGAUGAAUCUGUCCUUGCCUAAUUCUGGCCCGGCUGAACUUGAACAGCUUCCAAAAGAGAAGAUAGACAGGAAUGGUUCAGAAACAAAUCUUGAAGGAUCCGAAAUCAGAUCAAUUCAAAGUUCAGUUUAUGCCAGAUUUUGCAACCCCUGGGUUUCGUUGAUUGGUGCGUUGUGUUCUUUUAUGAUAAUGUUCAUUAUCCAGUGGAUGUACGCCUUGAUUAACAUUUCAGCUGCACUUAUACUCUUUAUCUACAUUGGAACAACAAGUCCAGGUUUGCCAACAGGUGCUGCAUCUCACUUCAGCUUCUUCAAGUGGCUCAAGACAUCACUGCAUAAUUUGGGGAGGCAAAAUGGGGCCCUUCAGGACCAGAUUGUGGUGACACCGUCUUUGUCAGCUGUUGGCAUGGAGACCCGGCAGCUGACAGAGGAAAAUGCAGACUUUGCCCUCCGUGAUCGGUACCAUCACUCCUCCUUUAUCACCACCACAGACAAGAUGGUCCAUCCUCAGUCCAACUGAGUAUGAAGCAGCUGCGCCCUGCUGACCAGCUGGACUGAAACCAUGGACACAUGGGACAUAAUAAUCUUGACUGAUCACUGAAUUGAGCAAUUACUGUAUUUUUAUUUACUGCAGUUGUCUUAUACUUGGACUGAGUCUUAUUUUCCUGGAAAAUCUGAAGAAAACAAAUGUUUCGGGAAUGUGCAAUCAAAUCAUGCAUUUUGGUUCAAUGUGCCGUUGUGUUGGAGGAAUAUUUAAAAAGAAAAUCCAUGAACAG